UCAACGAUCCAUAUUUCCAUUAAAUUUAAUUAACUUUUCCAUCAUAACGAUUACAACAUUUUCUCAUUUUCAGCUUAUCUCUUGUACUCUUCAUGUCUCAUCAUAUGUUUUCUGUUUGUUACUCAACCGAAAGACUCAGUUGAUGUUUACACUUUUACUUUGAUUGUUGUUCCUCAUUUUUAAUUGAUUUCUAUUUAAUUUCUAUUAUUAGUGUCACAUCGUUGAUUGUUUACCAAUAUGGGAAUUGUGGUGAGUAAUUAUAACGUCAACAAUAAAUUAAUUAGUUUCCCAGUUUCAGUUUUCAUCCCUUCUUAUUGGCUAAUUCAGCUGUAAUUGGUUCUAUUACUACAUUAAUUGUUGGUAUUUUUAUAUUUCUAUGGAUUAAAAAGGGUAAAUCAAAAAGUAAAAAGAGAUUACUGAUGGAUUCUAAUGUCAAGUAUCAAGUUCCAUUGCUUGGUAAAGAGAAUAUCAAUUGGAAUACUCGACGCUUUAGAUUCGGUUUACCUACGGAAGAUUCUGUUCUAGGUGUUGGUCCUGGUGAACAUAUUUAUCUAUCGGCUAAAAUCAACGGCGAUUUAGUAAUUCGUCCUUAUUCACCAAUCACUGGCGAUGAAACCAAAGGCUAUUUCGAUCUCAUUAUCAAAGUUUAUUUUGCUAACCAAAACCCAAAGUAUCCUAAUGGAGGAAAAAUGUCUCAAUACUUGGAAAGUAUGAAAAUAGGAGAGACAAUUGAUAUUCGAGGUCCUGAUGGAAGAGCGAUUUACAUUGGUAAUGGUGAUUUUCUUAUUAAGAAAAAGAAAACUGAUCCAUUGGUUAAAUACCAUUACGAUAAAUUGGGUAUGAUCGCUGGUGGAACUGGCCUUACACCUUUGUUUGCCGUUUUACGUGAGAUUAUUUCAAAUCCGGAGGAUAAGACACAAGUUUCAUUCCUAUUUGCAAAUCAUACAUCAGAUGAUAUUCUUUUACGUGAAGAAUUGGACCAAAUAGCGUCAAGAUUUCCCGACCAAGUUAAAAUCCAUUACACUUUAGGUAAAUCAGAAGAGGGUUGGCAACACAAAGUGGGUCGGGUUGAUGAUAAUAUGAUCCGAGAUUGUUUGUUCCCACCAGCUGAUGAUACGAUGAUUAUGAUGUGUGGUCCACCGGCUAUGGUCAAGGAAACACUUCAACCAACAUUGGACAAAAUGGGUUACAGUGAAUUGAGAAGACAUGUUUUUUAAAGAGGAUCCAUUUCAAUUUCUCUGUCAAUUCCUUGGCCCCUUCCUUAAAGAUCUCACAAUCUACUUCUCUACAGAGGAAAUGUGAACAUUUACAAGGAUCAAGUAUUAAUACUUAAAAGAUGAAUGGAUAACAGUUAAAAUGGAAGGGAUAAAUUACUAUUUUGAAAAAUCAAAUAGAAACAGUCAAUAGACCUGAUGGAAUCCAUUCAUCUACAUGCUACUACUUAUGUGCAAUUACAGAUAUAUAAAUAUGUUUGUAAAAAAAGGAGAUUUACAUGACUCAAUUAAAUUUUGCAGAAUUAUUUUGUUGAA